CCAGGCAAGGGGCUGGAGUCGAGGCUAUAUUCUAGGAUAUGUAGCUAUAGAUGACACAGAAAUUAAUAUUUUACGUCUCCUCAGAUAACCCUAAGCCUUACGCAAUAAAUACAGCACUUGAUAAUUUCCCAAAGCCAUGGCUGAGAAAGAAGCUCUGAAGAAACUCAAUUCUCAACUCGAAUGCUCCCUUUGUCUCAACACCUUAAAGCAGCCGAAACUAUUGCCUUGUUUUCAUGUGUUUUGCAAGUCGCCGUGUCUGGAGAAACUAGUGACCAAGGAUGGACGCUCCCUCACUUGUCCCACUUGCCUACACAUUGUCCCAUUGUCGAAGAGGGGAGUGACUGGACUGCAAUCAGACUUCCACAUUGACCACUUGUUUGAGAUAAGAGAUGCUUUUAACAAGGCCGAAGGUGAUAAUGAUACGAACUGUGGUAACUGUGAAAAUGGCAAAGCCACUGGGUACUGUAACGACUGUGGGGACUUUUUAUGUAACAAGUGUCAAGCUGCUCAUAAGAAAAUAAAAUAUCUACGGAAUCAUAAACUACUUUCACUCGAUGAACUCAAAGCUCAAAUGACUAGCCUGGUCCCUCCCAAGAAGGCUAUCCCCCAUUGCCCCAAACACUCGGAGAGUGACCUUAAAAUAUACUGCGAGACCUGCUCCACUCUCAUUUGCAUAGACUGCACCAUUCGUCUCCACAAAGACCACAACUACGAUCUGGUCGCUGAUGUGCUGACCAAGCACAAAAAAGAACUUGUCUCCAGUCUCAAACCAGUCAAGGAGAAGCUGGAUAGUGUACAACGAGCUCUGAAGGGCUUUGACACAAGAGCCAAGGCAAUUCGCAAUCAGAGGCCCACAAUUGAAGCUGAUAUCCACAAGAAGAUUGACGAACAACAUCGACUGUUGGACCAACGAAGGGCAGAGCUUGUUGUAGAGCUAGAGGUGCUGACUCAGCAGAAGCUAGAGGGUCUGGCAGCACAGAGGGAUCAAGUGGAGAUCACUCAGGUGAAACUGGCCAGCUGUCUAGAGUACGCGGAGAGCGGUCUCAAAAGAGGCACAGAUGGUGAAGUACUUGAAAUGAAAUCUUCCGUUCUGAAGAGAGUCGAACAGAUUUCCAUCGAAUUCAAUCCUAACACUCUUCAGCCACAGACUGUGGCUGACAUGGAACUGCUCACUAAAAGAAAAGAACCUCUCCAACAAGCUUGUCGAUUUUUCUUAGAGAUUGGUCGUAGUGGUUUGUUCAGCAGCCUUACGGUAGAAGAUGGUCUGACAGACGCUACACCUGAAAAAGAAAACACUGUAGUAAUGAACAAAAGCAAACUCAACCUUAAAGCUGAACUUGUGCGUAUUGAGAGUAAAGACACAUUGAAAUGUAAAGUGGUUGAGCACCAACAUGACCAGCAACGCAUAUCAACUCAAGCAAAAAGCAUCUGCAUGUCUGGUGGAUCUGGACGUGGCAAAGGAGGAAAAGGACUUGGAAAGGAAGGUGCCAAGCUCCAUAGAAAGAUUCUUCGUGACAACAUCCAGGGAAUCACUAAGUCUGCUAUCAGACGUCUGGCUCGCCGUGGUGGUGUCAAGCGUAUCUCUGGACUGAUCUAUGAGGAGACACGCGGUGCCCUGAAAGUGUUCCUUGAGAACGUCAUCCGUGAUGCUCUCACCUACACUGAGCAUGCCGAGAGAAAGACUGUGACUGCUAUGGAUGUCGUCUAUGCUCUGAAGAGGCAAGGACGCACUCUGUAUGGAUUUGGAGGCUGAACAUCUCAUUCUCUUAAUUGUCACAUUCCAUUUAAACUCAGCUUAUUCUUCAUUAAGAAUUACCACUUCAUAUUUGUCUUUUUAUUAAGGAUCGACCACUCACUGAAUUGCUUCAUGUCACAUUG